AUGGACAGCAUCGUCCAUCAGAUCCACACACUGUCCACGCAAAACGAAAGCGACCUGAAAAAAUUGAAGGACUUCCUGCGGCACGAGCAGGAGACCUUGAAAGCAAACGCCAGUCAGAUCGACCAGGCACUGCAAGCGCUGGACCCUGUGCAGUGCACCUUAGGAACUGCAUUCCUACUGCAGGCACAGCUCAGUGCGGGGUUCUUUUCCAACCAGCGAGCGACUUUUGCCUUCAUUUGCAACUUCCUCCAGGUCGCUGAUGGGCAGCAGGCGAAGAAAGCCGCCUCGCCCAUGACUGCCGUGUGCAAAAGCUUCGCCCAGUUGGCCAUAGAUCUGGGCCAGGGCGCCAUGCUCCGAAGCCUGAAACCUCUCCGCUCCGCCCUGGAGAAACUGCAGGAUACGCCGGAAACCUUGACGCCCGUGCACAUGGAGUUCCUUAGGGUUUGCCUCAAGGUGAAGGUGUACCAUAUCGCAGCGCAGUUGCUGGACCAUUCUGCGAUAUAUGACAUCGCAGUAAGCACAGGGAGUGGCAAUAGCAGCAACAGCCCUGCGCAGGUCACGCCGCAGAGUUUCCUGAGCUUCUUCUACUACGCCGCGCUGGUGCGCAUCGGCACGCGGGAGUAUGGCAAGGCCAUCCAGCUUCUGCUGGUGGCCUUAACCUGCCCUGCCAGCUGUUUGAGUGCCAUCCAGGCCGAUGCGUACAAGAAGUACGUGUUGCUGUGCCUGAAGGUGCACGGUGAUGUGAAGCCACUGCCCGUUUACACCUCCCAUAUUUUGCAGAGAUAUUCCAAGAGCAGCAGCUACGUCUUGGAGAUUGCAGAGGCCUUCAAAUCCGCCGACGCGGCGGAGCUCCAGCGCAUCCUGGAGGAGAAGCAGCCGGCCAUUGAGGCGGAUGCCAACAUGGGCCUAGCCAAGCAGGUCUUGAGCUCCAUGCAGCGGCACAAGAUCCUGACCCUGACCCAGACCUACCUGACGCUGUCGCUGGCCGAGAUUUGCGCUGAGGCAGGCCUGGCAGGCACUACUGAGGCGGAGGAGAUGCUGUUCGACAUGAUCUCGGAGGGGGAGAUCAAGGCCAAGAUUGAUCAGAAGACUGGCAAUGUGUCCUUCGAGGAUGCCGAUGAGAACUUGGAUGUAGUGAUGAUGCAGAAGCUUGAAGACAAGCUGUCAAAGAUCAUGGAAAUCUCCCAGCGAAUCAGCUGGUUCGAGCAAGAGGUGGUCACCAGCGAAUCUUACGUUCGCAAGACCAGCCUCCUGGACAUGUCUGCUGAGAGGCAGGUGAAACAGCUCACAAUGUACAAACUCCCCAUGUCGAACAGAUCGAGUCAAAGGUGGGAACGGCAGGGGGCAGGGGGCCACCAGGUCGGAGUCUUUGGAGACUUGGUGUGUGGUUUCUUACCUUGGCCGCAGUCCCCAACCAGAUGCAACAACAUUUUUGAAUAUUUCAGGGCCACUAUGCCAGAAAUGCUGGCAGGCAGCGUGGAGUUCUUGGCACAAGAGAUGCCAGACGACAUUCCCAACGAGGAUCCACGUGGUGAUGGCUCCCCGCUGUUGAACGCUGUGGAGAAGGAGCACUUCAAAGGCUCCGAUUUCUUCGACCCUGACGUCGUCCUGGACCGAUUCCUAAAGGAAGUCAAGCGAGCCGUGGACAUUCGUAAGAUCCGCUACGACAAGAGGAAAGAGGAAGAGAAGCAAGCAGCCUUGGAGAAGGAUUCAGAGCCGGCCGAACCAGAAAAGCCUUUGGUCACAGAGUGGCACACCGCCGGUGCAGAGAUGCCGGCAGGCAUCCUGGAUACUGACGCAGACUGGGCCGUUCCAGCUGCGGCAGCCCCAGAGUUAGAUGUGCCAAUCAAGACCGACGAAGGUGAGAUUGCGGAUGCAGAAUUGGACCUCCCUGCAGAGCCAGUUCUGCCCGUACCAGAAUGGAAUUCAGACAUACCAGUCAAGACCGAACAAGGUGAGAUUGAUGACGCAGAAUUGGGCCUCCCUCCAGAGCCAGUUCUGCCCACACCGGACUGGAAUUCAGACCCAGCCAAGACCACCCAAGGUGAGAUUUCUGACAUGGAGUUGAGCCUUCCUCCAGAGCCAAUUCUGCCCGCACCAGAAUGGAAUUCAGACGUACCAGUCAAGACCGACCAAGGUGAGAUUGAUGAUGCAGAAUUGGGCUUGCCUCCAGAGCCAAUUCUGCCCACACCAGAGUGGAACCGAGAUGUGCCAGUGAGGAAAGGCCGAGGUCUGCCCCAGGGUGGUGCUUUGAUGAAUUUGAGUGAUGAGGACUUUGACAUCCCCCCUCCACCUCAAUUGCUGUCCCCACCAGCCCGCCCCAAGACAGGAUCAGAUGUGCCACGUUUGCCUCUGGUGAUGCAACAUGCCCAUGAACCACAAGCAUUGCUUCCCGAAGUCCACGCUAAUGUUCCACAUGAUCUUGAUGACCCACGCUACUGGACCUAUGAACGCUAUCAACGCGAAAAGUC